UAGUGCCAGUCACUUCACUCGUCCCGCCCCCGCACUCCCUUCCCGGGCCGUUCUUCUUCUCGGCCGCCACGCGUUCGCAUCUCCCUCCCUACACCUUGCUCAUCCCUCCAACUUCAUCCAACCUAUGACUGACGUCGAGACUUCCCAGGGCCUGGGAAAGGCACCGCCUCCCAGGCAGCCUGUCAAGAAGGGCUUCUUCUCCGAUGACAAGGAUGCUUCCCUCCCGCCCAACCACCCAAUCAAUGCCCUCACCGCAACGCGCAAGUUUAUCAUCCUCUGCAUCUUGGCCUACACCGGAUUCGUACCCAACUUCAGCAUCGCCAUUGUUCUGACUGCCUUCCCUCAACUUGGUGAAGCAUUUGGCGUAUCCCCCGGAACGAUCCCCAACACCAUCGGAUACAGUUUGCUCGGUUUCGCCAUCGGACCUCUCAUCUGGAACCCACUCUCUAGGACUGUUGGACGACGACCGGUCUACGUUAUUGGUUCCUUCCUUCAAAUCCCUUGCGCCAUCUGGCUCGCCCUCUCCCCUUCCUACAACUGCUUCUCCGCCGCUCGAUUCUUCGCUAGCUUCUUCACUGCCUUCAGUCAGACUGUCCCCCCCGCUACCAUUGCCGACAUCUUUGUCCCCUCGGUACGAGGAUCGAAGAUGUCGGCCUUCACAGUCGCCGUCGUCAUUGCUCCCGUGCUGGCCCCACUGAUCUGCUCGGCCGUCAUCUCUCAGGGCAACUCUUGGCACGUACUCUUCUGGAUCAUCCUAGGCAUGGCCGCUCUGCAGUUCCUCCUCUUCUUCUUCCUGGUCCCCGAGACACUUUGGGUAAAGGAGAACGAGUCUGCCGCUCUUGACUCUGCCGCGGCAAACACGGAUGGCAAUGAGAGCGAGAAGGGGGAGACCCACAGGAACAUGCCCCCCUUGGCUCUCCGUCUGACAGACUACACCUCUGGUUACGACACUGCUGCUGGUGGCGCUCGUCCUCACCAUGGCCACGUUGGUGCUGCUUGGAUGCCAUGGCAGCGUCCUGGAGAGUUCUUCCACGUCAUGGCAUCGCCAGUCAUCAUGGCUCAGUACAUCCCCAUUGUCACCGUCUCCAUCUACUACGGUAUGCUCUUUGCCUGGUCCGUCGGCAUCACCAUUGUCAUGCCACAACUCUUCGCUCAGCCACCCUACAGCUUCAGCGAGAUUGCCCUCGGUUGUGCCUUCCUGGCCUUUGGUAUUGGAGCUGUCCUCGGCAAGUGGUCAGGUGGUGUCGUCGGAGACAUCAUUGUCAACCGUCUCACUGCAAAGUACGGUGUCCGUUCACCCGAAUACCGUCUUUGGGGUGUACUCCCUCUCCUACCUUUCCUUAUGGCUGCCCUCUGCGUGGUUGGUGCUUCCAUCGAAAAGGAAUGGCACUGGGCUGCUCUCCUCGUAGCCGGUGGUGUCUACUACUUCUGCUUCUCCGCCACCACUGGACUCUUACAGACGUACGUCUCCGAGUGCUACAUCACCAAGCCAAUGGACGCUCAAGCCGUAUUCGUCUUUUUCAAAUCCAUUUGGGGAUUUGUGAUUCCUUUCUUCAUCUCCGUUUGGGGAGACAAUGAUGGCUUCCUUACCGAGUAUUGCAUUCAGGGAGCAUUGGCAUUUGCUAUUGGCGCCGUCCUCUGCACCCUCUUCCUUGCCAAGGGUCGGUCGAUUCGAAAGUGGCAGGGUAUGCCUUUGGAUGGAUGAUGGAAUUUGGCCCACAAAUGUCCUUUACUCUAUAUCCCUCAUACGUCAUUACCACGACUGCUUGACCCACCCUCACUUCUUCCUGUCACCUCGUACUACUAUUGUAAUUGAAUUGAA